UACAGCUGUGACGCGGCCUCAAAGCAACACACCUCACUUUCUCUACCACUUUCCUUUUCCCAAUUAUGGCUGCCGUAGAGGAAGGUCAAUUCCUCAAGCAGGCCAUGGGCCGGAAUACUCGAGGCUUGCUCCGCGUUGUUAUUCUGUGCUUGAUCGCAGGUGCAGCUGUGAGCAGUCGUCUGUUCUCUGUGAUCCGCUUUGAGAGCAUCAUUCACGAGUUCGAUCCAUGGUUCAAUUUCCGAGCAACAAAGUAUCUCGUACAGAAUGGCUUCUACAGCUUCUGGGACUGGUUUGAUGACCGAACAUGGCAUCCUCUUGGCCGUGUCACCGGCGGUACUCUCUACCCCGGCUUGAUGGUCACCAGUGGCGUCAUCUACCAUGCCCUACGCGCCCUCGCCAUGCCCGUCGACAUUCGUAACAUUUGUGUCCUCCUCGCCCCGGCCUUCUCUGGCCUCACUGCGCUUGCGACGUACCUCCUGACCACCGAAAUGGUUACCUCGCCCUCUGCCGGUCUGCUCGCCGCAGCCUUCAUGGGUAUCACCCCCGGUUACAUCUCGCGUUCGGUUGCUGGAAGUUACGAUAACGAGGCCAUCGCCAUCUUCCUGCUGGUCUUCACGUUCUUCUUGUGGAUCAAGGCUGUCAAGAAUGGUUCCAUGUUCUGGGGUGCAUUGACUGCGCUGUUCUACGGAUACAUGGUGUCUGCAUGGGGUGGAUAUGUCUUCAUUACGAACUUGCUGCCCCUGCACGCGUUCGUUCUGAUCUGCAUGGGACGCUACAGCCCCAGGCUUUACGUCAGCUACACUUCGUGGUACGCGCUCGGUACGCUAGCGAGUAUGCAGAUUCCCUUCGUGGGAUUCUUGCCUAUUCGCAGUUCUGAGCACAUGUCUGCGCUCGGUGUCUUCGGUCUUCUCCAACUGGUGGCCUUCGUCGACUGGGUCCGCGCUCAGCUCCCCAGCAAGCAGUUCCAGACUCUGCUCCGCGCUCUCGUCCUGGUCGUCUUUGUCGUUGCUUUCGGUGGACUUGUCCUCUUGACAGUCGGUGGAGUCAUUGCCCCUUGGACUGGACGUUUCUACUCGCUCUGGGAUACUGGAUAUGCCAAGAUUCACAUUCCCAUCAUCGCCUCCGUCUCCGAGCACCAGCCGACCGCCUGGCCCGCGUUCUUCUUCGACUUGAGCAUGAUGAUCUGGCUGUUCCCCGCCGGUGUGUACAUGUGCUUCACCAAGCUGACUGAUGAGCAAGUCUUCGUCGUCAUCUACGCCGUUCUUGCCAGUUACUUUGCUGGUGUCAUGGUCCGUCUCAUGCUGACCCUGACCCCCAUCGUCUGUGUUGCGUCGGCCAUUGCUUUCUCGCAGAUCCUUGACACCUACCUCGACGCGAAGACCCCGGUCAAGACCGAGCCCACAGAGACUGAUGCCGCCGAUGCUGCCAAGAUUGCUGCCGCGGCUGUCCUGCCUGAUGGUCUCCGCUCUACUCGCAAGCCCUACGUUGGCAUCCAGUCGUACGCCUCCAAGCUUACGGUCGUUGGCGCUUCCGCGGUCUACCUCAUGCUCUUUGUGCUCCACUGCACAUGGGUCACAUCCAACGCCUACUCCUCGCCUUCCGUUGUCCUCGCCUCCAGACUUCCGGACGGUAGCCAGCACAUCAUUGACGACUACCGUGAGGCGUACUACUGGCUCAGGCAGAACACUGCCAAGGACGCCAAAAUCAUGUCCUGGUGGGAUUACGGCUACCAGAUCGGUGGUAUGGCUGACCGCCCGACCCUUGUCGACAACAACACCUGGAACAACACCCACAUUGCCACCGUUGGUAAGGCGAUGAGUUCCAGCGAAGAGGUCUCUUACCCGAUCAUGCGCCAGCACGAGGUUGAUUACGUCCUUGUUGUCUUCGGUGGUCUUCUCGGAUACUCCGGCGACGACAUCAACAAGUUCCUCUGGAUGGUCCGUAUCGCUGAAGGCAUCUGGCCUGAUGAGGUCAAGGAGCGCAACUUCUUCACGCCCCGAGGCGAGUACCGUGUGGACCACGAGGCCACACCAACGAUGAAGAACAGCUUGAUGUACAAGAUGUCCUACUACAACUACAACUCCCUCUUCCCCGCCGGACAGGCUCAAGAUCGUGUCCGUGGCGUAAAGCUGCCUGCUGAGGGCCCCAAGCUCAACACCAUCGAGGAGGCUUUCACCAGUGAGAACUGGAUCAUCAGGAUCUACAAGGUCAAGGACCUUGACAACUUUGGCCGUGACCACAGCAACGCCGUGGCUUUCGACCAAGGCCACAAGAAGAAGAGGGCCGCGAAAAGGAAGGGCCCCAGGGUGCUGAGAGUCGAGUAGAGAACGCAUCUGACAAGAGUUCAAUUUAGCACCUGUACAGAAAAGAUAUGUUGAUUAGCAUGUUAACAGGCAGGCGUUUUGGGAAGAAUAAAAGAACAUUUGAGCCCAAUGAUAACACCUUCCUCGUGAGGACUUUGGAGAGCACAAUACUAUGACAUGAAAGGUUUGGCAGGCUAGGUUGG